AUGGCAUCCGCUGGCUUGUCAACACAAAGAACACUUCUCAACUCUGGUUUUUUGAAUAAUGAUUUAGCUAGUACUAAUUUACAAGCCUCAUUGUUGAGAAAAUGGAACCAACCAGGCACAACAAGCAUGUCAUCACCACAAACACCACAAUCUGCAAGGGUUGUCAUGCCUCAAAAUAUGAUGGGUGGUGGUAUGACACCUCCCCAAGGCAUUAGCAGUGGCAAUGUACAACCACAACAGCAGCAAAUUUCUCCUCUAGGAGCUUACCACCCUCAGAAUCCACAACAAAACCAACAGAUUUCUUUCAACCAAAUGUCUUUCCUUCCCUUCAACAGCAACUCACCCACACUUUUAAACUUUGAUCCAACAUCCUUGUUGCAAUCCCAUAACCCACCUAAUCAAAAUAAUAAAUAA